AUGGCGAACAACACAGGCAGCCCCACAACUGAGGCCUACCUUGCAGCCUCGCAGAUGCGGCUAAACCUCGUCUUCGAGGGAUUCUGGGCAAAACUGGCAGCAAGGCAAAUGGAUGACCCAGCCCGCACAGACCCGCUAAACGCCAUCAUGCAACCAGAAGGAAAAGCAGCGCACCCACAAUAUGCAGCGACCUCUGCAAAAACGUACACCUACCCCCCAUGGAGGCCUGGAACACACACCAAAUGGCAAGUGGCAGCGGGAAGCAAAAUCAGGGCCCAAGCAAACGGGACUCGGACAUCCACAACUCCACAAGAUGGCGGAUCCCUGAGCUGGGAUGCCAUGUGGCACACAGCCGCAGCACGGCCCCACACUCCUGCAAAGAGUAUGUACCUGCAUAAAGCCAACCGGCCACAGAGCAACCAACAACCUCCUCACGGACUGGGCAUAGGAUGA